GCCUCAACGGUCUGCUCUCCGCCGCAUAAGGAUGCUUAUGUCCAGUCCGGUUACACAAGCUAUCAAAAAUACCGAACAGCACCUUUUUUGCGUACAUUCGAACGCAAUUCGUUCGAAACGCAAUUAAACCAACCACCGCAACCGAGAUUCCAAUCCGAAUCUCCCUUUUCRAAGAAGACAAACCAUGUCGAUCACUUUCACUUCGCAUUGAAAAUCAUWGGUAUAUAAAUUGAGAAUMAGAGUAAACGCGAGGUCCAUUGCGGCCACAUAAGAAUCGGAAGCGCCGAACCCCUGGAGUCAGUCGAGGACGGAGAUGUGCAAGAAUUCUCCUAGCGUGGGCAAGAAGAUUGAUAAUUCUCUUGGGAUGAAAAGGACGGAUAUGAUCGACAGGAGUGCAGCCGCUGAGUCGUAUCCAGUGAAAGCGAUGGAACCACCUGAAUCUAUGGUUGCUAUCUGCUGUGGAUGUCGGCCAAGCACAAAAAGGAGAAACCAAAGUUAUAAAACGACACUGAAAAACGUCGGAUGGAGAAGGAUCUUUCGGCUAAAGCGGAGAAAAUUCAGAGAUGUUGAUCCUGGGAGAGAUGUGGAAUGGCAGGCUUUUCACCACUACCACGGUAGUGAAUCUGGCAAGAGCAUCAAGAGCGAUUAUGGUGACGAUGACGACGACGACAGUAUGUUCUUUUUCGAUGCGGUGGACUUUCCCCUCGGUGACGACGAAUUUCCAAUCGAUGGCUACGUCGUCGGAGGAAAGGGAAAGGCUAGAGUAGUUUUUACCACUUCGAUUGCACACCCCGCACCAAAGGUCAGCCUGGAAGACCCUACCAGUAUGCUUCGAAAUUCAGAAAAAAAUGGAUCCUCGUGCGGUGGGAUUGGCGAAGACGACAAUGAUUCCUACGAACUCGUCCCGGUGCAAAACGAUAACAGGAUUGAAAAUUACAAAGAACCGAGCCUGCGUUUCGCAAAAAUUCGGGCGCGGUCCAGCGAGGCUCUAGCUGCCGAGUUGCAAAAUUUUCCAAAGCCGUCUCCGACUUCGGUCGAAGACGCAAUCGGGAUGGCCGGAUAUCCAGGAACGUUGACGAUUGAUGAACUAGAAGAAUGCGUGAGUCUCGUAUUGAAGUUUUCGAAAAGUUUUCGUUGGCGCAGAUUACACMCCAUCAUGGGGAUGGCGUCGUCUGUGUAUAAGAUCUCGUUCUCAGAUGUAUCUGACUGUCUUUUGAUUGUUGCCGUGGGUCUGAUACAAUAGCAAAAGUUCCUGAAAGGACUCAACAAGCUACCACCAGCCGUUGCCGAACAGGUCUACAGUUUUCGAGACGUYGAGGAUCAACCCUACACGAUUUGUCGGUGGCUACGAGCUACAAAAUUCGAUGCCGACGCAAUUUUGGCACGAUUGUCCGAAAACCAGCCCCUGUUUGAACAGGCUAAGGAGAAAAACUUUUACGGUCCCAACCUUGACGAUUAUCUAGGAUGCCCACUGUCGGUAUUUUUGAGCCAGUACCCCUUUAUGAGUAUCGGACGGGGCCGCAACGGAUCGCCGGUCAAUUACUUUUUGGCCGGAAAAAUCAACCCCGAGGGCAUCAUGGCUCUGUGUACCGUCGACCAGUUGGCUUCCUACUUUUGGUACAGUUUCAUGUACAAGAUGAAGGAAGAAGUGCGGAGAACCCAAAGAAUGGAUCCAGACUUCUGCCGUUGCGAGGGCAUCAAUAUUGUAGACCUGAGCGGAUUAAGCACAGCUUCUCUUACAUCGGAAACCAUGGAGGUGAUCAAGAUUGCUUCCAAAGUCAGCGAUUUCUUUCCAGAGGUACGAAGAUUGUUUGAACUAUUCUUUGCUUUUUAUCCGCAUGUGCUUCGUGCUUCGUGCUUCGUUCUCUUCACACAUCCUCUGUGAUUUUACUUGGUAUUGCUAACGAGAUGACGAAUUAUUUGUUUCCUUGAAUGUUUUUAGACACUCCAUGCGAUGCUGGUGUUGAACGCUCCUAGCUUCUUUACCUUUUCGUGGAAAUUGAUCAAAAAUUUCAUCGAUCCUCGAACAGCUUCGCGGAUUCAAUUGUUCUCCUCGCAACAAAAGGGACAAGAUGCUUUGGAAAAUCUGAUCGACAAAGAAAAAGAAAUAUCUAAGGACUAUGGGGGUGGCAAUGUAUCCUUACGGGAAGCAUUUUUAAGGGAAUGCUCGGACCCGCAAAUCGUUCGACAGGAAAUCGAACUGAUUCACUGCAAGCGAAAAUCCACCAAGGCGAUACCGAAGGCAUGGACCCUUGGGGAGAACGAAUGCAUCGAGAUUACCAUUUACACUCGCUCGGUGAGCGAGGCUGACAUUCAUAUUUCUUUCAAUGGAUCGGCGGUAAAAACAGUGAAAUCGCGAUGCAAGUUCGAAGGGGACGGACGCGACAGGAAGCCGCUUCCGAAUAAGACCGUAGCGGUGUAUGCGAAAUUCAAGGAAUUUGUUGGUCCCGGGGAAGUCCUGGUGGAAGCGCACGAUCUCGAUUCCACGAUAUCGAAACAACACAGCGGUCAGUCCCGAGGAUAUUUUUUGGUCGUAGGAGACAUCAAACCAAUCUCCAGUGUGGCGUCUACCGGUACGAACAGCACCAAACAGAAGCGCAAGGUCUCUUUUGUGGAGGAUACAGAAUCCUCGCCGUCGAGGAAAAACUACAACGCCGCUGUCACAAUGGCGGGUCUGGUGCGAAGCAAGACACCUCGCCGAGAUUCGAUUUGACGAAGGAUACAGAAGCAUAAAGGAAUCAAACAGCAGUAGUGUCGAGUGYUUUUUGACAAUUGUACUCAUGAUUCCUACKGACGAUCCAUGUAAAAUAGAAUCCUGUUUAAAAU